UGCACGUUACCGCUCAGAGCUCAACAGCGAGUCCGUCCGUUUCCGACAGUCCCUGAAGCCACCACCCGCUCGCUCGUAAACAACUUGCGGCGCACUGAUUGGUCAAAGUUGAGCCCCGUUACGACGUGACGCGCCUCGCUCGCUCGCCACGGACUGCUUGACAGCUCCAUAACAAAGCGCUCCCCCCGGAGCGCCUCCUCACCUGGCCCUUUAGCCUCCGCCGAGCCGCCUCGGAAGUUCACUCGCAUUUCUCUUGGAUUUUUUUUGGAGACCCCGGACGACAGAUGGCUUCUCGGGAGACCUCUAACGACACGGGUUGCAGUUCGUCCGAGGAGGACAGCAACCGCGCGGACUCGACGGAGUGCGCGUCGGAGGAGGAGAAGAAGAAGGAGGAGGAGGAGGAGAGGAGGUCCCCGGCGGCGCGGCGGCACCAUCCGUUCAGCGUGGAGGCGCUCAUGUCGGGGAGGAAGACGGACGGUCGCGGCGGAGACGGAACCCGCCGCAACCCGGAGGGAGACCCGGUGGCGGUGUCUCCGCGGGUGCUGAGCUCCCUGUACCUGUACCGGGAGACGCGCAGCCCUCCCGGGGGGAGUCUGAAGAGGCUGGCGGCCGUGCCUUCGUCCCCCGUCAAAUCCGAGGCGUCAGAGCCCGAGGACUGCGCACCGUGGGUCACCAGCGGCGCGUUUUCCACGCAGCCUCUUCACGUCGGCCCGGGCUGUCCGUUGAGGAAGCACAAGACCAACAGGAAGCCCCGCACUCCCUUCACCACGUCUCAGCUCCUGGCCCUGGAGCGCAAGUUCAGGCAGAAGCAGUACCUGUCCAUCGCCGAGCGGGCCGAGUUCUCCUCGUCCCUGACGCUGACCGAGACACAGGUGAAGAUCUGGUUCCAGAAUCGCCGGGCAAAGGCCAAGAGGCUCCAGGAGGCCGAGCUGGAGAAACUCAAGAUGGCCACCGACGCCAAGACGGCGGCGGUGGCGGCGGCGGCGGCGGGCGGGGGCUUACACCCGGGCUUCACGUUACCGCUGUCGCUGGGCCCCGUGUCCCUGUACGGACAGUCGUACUCCGCCUUUCACCACCACCACCACAGACCCAUGCUGCCCAUUUCACCUUUAGGACUGUACGCUGCUCCUCUGGGCUACGGCAUGUACCACUUGUCAUGAGUGGAAACCCAACAAAAUGGAAAUAUCCCUGACUGAAUCUCCCCCCCCCCCCCCAAAAAAAAAUCGUAUGUUUUUAAUAUACCUUCUGCACAAGGCGUGUUUGAAAUCGACUUUACGAGCACUUAAAGUCAAAUAAGAAACCUAUUAUUUUCUUACAAGGAUGAGAGAGAAGCUUCCCGUAGAUCUCCCGGUGCCCCUCUGCGCUGCCUGUUUACGUGUCUGAAUGAGAGGGGGGGGUCACGCUCCAGCUGUUCACGCUCUCCCCCCCUUGUUUACUUUUGCAAUAAUUGAGCUCGGCGGAGGACUUGCACUGGGCACAAUAACACUCCUCAUUCCAUGCAGUGCCUUGUGUGUCGGAAAGGCCUUAAUAUCAAGACACGUUGUGUGUGUGUGUCUGGAGUAAACUGACCAAACUGUUUCACUGAAGCAUUCUUAUAAUUGCCAUUCUACGGAAGGGUCUGCCUUGGAAACACCGCGAUCCUAAAGACAGACCGAUUCAGGUUGGUGUGCUCUCGGAGACGGGGGAGGUCUAACCCUAACCCUCGCAUUAUCCCACACCAGGACAAUUUCACACAAGCCUCUUCAUCUGUUAUCUUCAGAAACAAUAAAUAACCAUCUCUUUGAACUAUAAUUAUGUGGCGAAUGUAUGCCUCAUGUUGUCCUAUUUAUGUGAUAAUAUGGUUCAAAAGUUCGGACCAAAAGUGUAUUUAUAGUGGUGUUCCUGAAUGUCCCUUUGAAAGGGCCAUACGUUGUUCUAUGCAGUUUAUAUAGUAUAUAUUUUCCACUAAUGUUUUCUCAUUCAAAUGAACAAAACAAUUAAAGCUUUACAGACUCUUUUCUCUAAAAUGAAUUACUUUUUUUAUUCACGUGUAAUAAAAAUAAUGUGUAAAU